AAUACGCUCUUAACAUUGCAUAAUUAGCUAAACGCACCAAAAUACAAAGGCUAGCACAUUUCAUAUCAAUUUAAAAUAUUUGUAUAAAUACACUUAAAUACUGCCUUUUUUUUUGUAAUAAUUGAAAUUCCAUAUUGAGUUAAUAGGCAUCUAUCUUCCAUACAUGACCAUAAUAACGAACUGUUUUCGGGCGAGAAAACCUAUGUUGAAUUGAGAUAGAUUGCACAUUUGACUUCUUUGGACAACGAUUUCUAAACACGGUUCAAACCUCUUCAAACAUAGUUCAAACGAGGUUGCUUGAUUGAUGAUUUUUGGGAAUAGAACAAAAUUAAAUUUCUUCUACUCCUAUAGUGGUUCGGUGAGAGCUCCAAACUAAAAACUACAUCCAUGGCUACAUGAUAGAGAAAGAAAAAGGAUAAACUUGAAAUGUGUGUCAGAGUGUUGGUUUUUGGGAACCUCUCUCUCUGUCGACCCUUCCUCCUAUUUAUAGCAAUGGAGAGAUAACUAUCGCAAAAAAUUUCCUCUGAGAUAAGUCCCAAAAGAACCGCUCAGUGCUUCCUCGGAGUGGUUAUUACUCCUUCAAUCGCUUAGGUGCUUCUCUUGGAAACUCCGUGGGUCUUGGAGUGUAGCUUGCCUAGCCUGGUCUUGUUCCAAGUCUCGUGCCAUGCUAGUUUUUUUAUAAGCAUGUGAUGUCUCACAAAUGGGGUCGUGGUCCUCUUGCCAGGAGGCCAUGGACAUCUUACUCAUGUCCAUGGUUCUCUUGGGACUUAGUCAUUAGUGAUAUAAUGCUCAACCGUCCACCACGUCCUUCACAUUCGUGUCCAUGGUCCCUCUCGUGAGGCGGCAUGUCCUUCCUAGACUUAGUAUAUUUUGGGUCAUUCAGUCUUGGUCAUGAGGCAGCAUGACCUCUUCAUUCGCGGCCACGCACUUCUCAGUCAUGUUCGUGGCCCUUCUCGUGCACGACAUGACCUUCUCAUACUUAUUAUUUUUCAAUCAUGCCUAGGACCACACGCCUCUUUUCCUCCAUGGGACCUGACUCCCCAUACAUCAAUUUUUAAUUUUCUAGUUUACCAGUGGGUGGCACAUGGUCGGCAUGUCUAGCCUUGGUGGCCUUGCAUGGGGUCCCAUGCUCAUAUGCCUUAGCCACAUCACCUGACACGUCAAUACGACCAUGAGUUUUCCUCUGCCUUUGGUUCCUCGUGGUUAAGACAUGCUUACUCCCCUCAUUGUUUGGAGACAAUGUCUAGGCUUGACAAGUCGACUACCACUCAUGUGGUCCAUUUGACUUUGUCUUUCAACAUCUGAACCUUGUUGGCCUCUACACUUUGCACACAACCACCCGCGGUUCUUUGUGAGGUCAUGUUUGAUUUGUUUGUAUUGUGACUUCUUAUACAUGCCCCCGUGUCCACCCUUCGAGGUUAGUGACAAGUAACUAUUACUCAUGGACAUGGACUCCCCCCCUCCCCCCCCCCACCGGUCCGUACUUUGCCAAAUUUCCAUACUCGUCACAAGCAUGUGUGACUUGGACUUCUUUUAGCUUCUUGUGUCUCCUACUCCAUUAUUCAUGGUGGGUGAUGACAUGCCUCCUUGCCCAUACUUAGCUAAAUUUUCAAGACUACAAGAACUCUUUUUGGCUUUCCCGCGACUUUUCUUGCUGGACUCAGUGGCGGAGCCAGAAAAUUUCCCCACUAUCCAGACUGAGCCAUAUUCGUAUGCUUAUCACAAGCAUGUGUGACUUACCUCUUCUACACCACAUGCCCCCAGAUGGACUUCUCGGUUUCAUGUGUGGAGUGGUAAACUUUCGUGCCCCCCCUUGUUGGGAUCUAGGUGGUUUGAGUCCAUUAGAAUCCGCUCCUUGCCUACUCACUAUGGGUGGGCGAGCAGAAGGUGGUACUUGGUCUAAUUUCAAUGAAAUGCCACCACCUACGUCAUCGACAAGGUGUCCUAGAUGGUCUUAUAUCUAGAAUUGGCGGUUGAACUCAACUAAGUACCGACAAAUCCCCAUCGUGGUUCUUGAACGUGAAGGCCAAAUUUUGGCCACAACUCCCAUGUUGAGAAGGUAGCUGGCUUGUCAACGGUGUGGGCGAGGUUCCUUGCCAUGGCCGAACAUUUUGACAAACAGUGGAAUGAAGAUUCUUACGCCAUGUAACACUGUUUAGUGGAGGAUCUUUGUUAUUUAUUGGCAAAAUCCUUGAUUGAACCACAUAUGUGUUCGAGACACGUCUAGACUCAUAAAAAUGGCUUUGAGUCUUGCUCAAGUUGCCAAACCAAUUAUAUAGACAUGUAUUAAUCCAUGAAAUGAGAGAAACAUGGCGUUCAAUGAGCGAAUCAUAACAUUCAAUAAAAGACUUGUGGCGUUUAAUGUAAGAUGUUAAACGUAGGUUUACAUGUUGGGGUUCAACCACACCCUUCUCCAUGGAUUGAUGGAGUGAUGUGAUGGCAAUUGCUUCAUCCAGACUUGUCGUCGGUGGUGGAAGAGCCCCCAUUCCGCCAUUUUUUCCGACAAUAACAUCCAUUCGUCCACCACCGACGACACUUGUAGAAGAUGGCGGGAUGGGGGCUCUUCCACCACCGACGACAAGUCUGGACGACAAGCCAUCACAUCGUCGGUGGUGGAAGAGCCCCCAUCCCGCCAUUUUUUCCGACAUAACAUCCAUUUCCACAAACACUUGUAGAAGAUCGUCUUCUUGUUGUCUAAGUCGUGGAGCCAUCAAAUCAAACACAAUAUCCCACCUGGUGUGCCAAUUUCAUUUUCCAACGAGAAAACCUGCUUUGAAUUGAGAUUAAUUGCACCUUUGACUUUUUUGGACAACAAUUUCUAAACACGGUUCAAACCUCUUCAAACAUAGUUCGAACGAGGGUUUUUGAUAGAUGGUUUUUGGGAACAAAACUAAAAUAAAUGACUUAUACUCCUAUGGAGGUUCGGUGAGAGCUCCAAACUAAAAACUACGUCUAUGGCUACAUGACAGAGAAACGAAAAAAGAUAAACUUGACAUGUAUGUCAGAGUGCUGGUUUUUGUGAACCACUCUCUCUGUCGACCCUUCCUCCUAUUUAUAGCAUUGGAGAGAUAAUUGUCGUAGAAAAUAGCCUCUUGGGUAACUCCCAAAAGAACCGCUCCCUGCUUCCUCGGAGUGGUGAUUACUCUUUCAAUCGCUUAGGUGCUUCUCUUGGAACCGCCGUGGGUCUUGGAGUGUAGCUUGCCUCGCCUGGUUUUGUUCCAAAUCUCGUGCCAUGCUAGUCUAUUGAUAAGCAUUUGAUGUCUCACAAAGGGGGUUGUGAUCCUCUUGAUAGGCGGCCAUGGACUUCUUACUCAUGUCCAUGGUCCUCUUGUGACUUAGUCAUUAGUGAUGUAAUGCUCAACCACCAAGCCCUUCACAUUCGUGCAUGGUCCCUCUCGUGAGGCGGCACGCCGUUCGACUCAAAACAAAGCAGAUGGCAUCGAUCGAUAGCUCUCACAAGGAAGACAACAACAACAUUUCGCUCGUCGAGUCGUAUAGCCAAAACAACUCCCCGUCUUCGUCUUCCGCAUCUCACCUCGACCUCUCGCCUCUUAUCUUCAUCUUCAUUGCUAACCUAGAAAAUCGUAAGCAAAGAAAUGAAACCGAUGGUGUAGUCCCCCUUGUUUGUUUGCUUUUUGUCUAAUUGACACAACUAAUGUGAGAGAGGGGCGGAAAUAGAUUAUCGUAGACCUUAUGUGUAAUAAAGGAGGGAUCACCAAAAUAUGUGUUUGAGUUCGGCGAUUUUAGAGAAGGAGUAAUGCCUCUCUUCAGUCGGAUCUCGAGUCUUCUUCCGUUCAUCUUCAGAGAAGGGAACGUCGACUUUUAUCGAUGAUUCAUUCCCUGAAAUAAAGGACAGAGAGACAUGAAAGAGGAGAGGUCAUCCCAUUAUUUAAAAUCUCUAAAUGAUAGUUUUUUAAAAUUCAUAAUGACCAAAAUACAUAAAUUGUUUAUCCUUUCCAUUUUCCAAACACAUAAAUAUACUAAAUUCUGGGUAGUACAAGAAUUGUCCAAAAUUACUCCCCAAAUUUCCUAAUCCAAAGUCCAAAGCACCAAUCUAGUGUUGGCUCCGAGUAAAUACGGAGAACCAUGAGCGUGUGGUUGUUUUUUUUUUUUUUCCCCCGUCCAAGACAUGUCAAAAAGGUGAGCAUGUGGACUGUGGUUGUUGAAUUCACCAAAACAUGAAGAAGCGCUAAACAAUUUUAAAGGACAAUAUUUUCUUUUGCUCAAUUUAUCAAAAUAAACAUUUAAAGCAAAAUAAUCAAUAUUAUCUGCAUCGCUUUCUUAGUUAUUAAUUUUUCCUCCCACCACGUAAUCAGUAAUCCGACGAAACACAAAAUCAGCCAACCAAAAUCUCAAUAAAGAAACUGAUUAGUUGAUAACGAAAUAAAUAAAAAAAAACAUC